AUGGGAUUCCGCAUGGCCAAUUUCUUGGGCGACCCCUUCGCCAUCUCCACUGUUUCGUUCGGCGUGAUCGCGUGGAUCGUGGCCAUCGCCGGCGCUGGCUCUUCCGCGCUGGAUAAUUUCCCCCGCUUCACCUGGUGGGGCUUGGUCUACGAGAUACUAUUGAUCAUCAUGGUGUUUCUAUUGUACUUGAACAACACCAUCGAGUUGUACAAGUUCACGUUGGUCGGGCUCUUGCUGGUGGGCUUUUUGUACACCACCAACUCCACCAACAACCUCAUCUACAGCUCCAACCUGGGCAACUUGUGCUGCGCCGCCGGGUGCAUCUUGUUGUCCAUGUUGAACUUCUUGUGGAUCGUCUACUUUGGCGGCCACCCGGAGUCGCCCAGCAACCAGUUCAUCGACUCGUUUGCCAUGAAGUCGUCGUACGCGCAGCAGCUCCCUUCGGAAAAGAACGACGACCACGAGUUUGCCGUGCCCCGGAGCGCCAGCGGCCUGCAAGGCUUUGGCGUCAGCGACUCGCGCCACAGCCAGCUCACCAACAGCAAGUCGGGCUACAUGUCGCUGUCGCAGUUGAACGGCUUGGAGAACUUUUCCCACACCAACGUGCAAAACACCGGAACUGUGGGUGCCAGCAACCCGGCCAGCAUGCCUAACACCGUGUACAACACCAACGGCACCAACACGGCCGACUCCAACUUUGCCGUGCCGGUGCUGACGUUCCGCUACAAGGCCCGGGCCUUGUACAGCUACGACGCCAGUCCCGACGACAUCAACGAGAUUUCGUUUGUCAAGGACGAGAUUUUGGAGGUGGACGACAUUGACGGCAAGUGGUGGCAGGCGCGCCGCGCCAACGGACAGGUGGGCAUCUGUCCGUCGAACUACGUCAAGCUUUUGGACUAG